CUUCGUGAUUUGCGUGCACUACGAAAAGGUGCAAGAUGGACCUCUUCAGGAUUGUUCGACCCCGCCUUCCUCAAUAAUCCAUCGCGCUUCACUCUGAGAGCGCUCGAUACCCACUUGCCAUAGAUUAAAAUUCUACAGCAACAACUCUCACACCAGCCAAGUUCGAAACGCAGGACUAAAAUGAAGUUCUUCGCGAUCACCGCCUUCCUACUUGCUCUCGGCUUGGCACUCGUCGUAGCUCAAGAAACAAAGUGGCCCAAUCCCGCAUAUUCCUACAGGGCGGACAAGCAUCCGGAUGGCAUGGGUGUCAUUCCGAUUCGCGAAGCUUGGAACGACGUCUGCUUCUCCUACAGCGGCGCUUAUUCCGUCUACGAUGAAAAGAGCAACGAGUCGCUCUGCUACACCGAAGACAUGCGAGAUGUUGGGCCGGACUGCAUCAAGUCGCUUCAAGAGAAAGAGAAGGACAAGUGGGCUUUUACGAAGAUCUCCAACGACUCGUCCAAAUGGCAUUGA